AUGGAAAUGGACGGUGCUCCAGUGGACUGUGCUCCAGUGGACCGUGUUCUAGUGGACUGUGCUCCAGGUGACUGUGCUCCAGUGGACUGUGCUCUAGUGGACCGUGUUCCAGGUGACCGUGUUCCAGUGGACCGUGUUCUAGUGGACCGUGCUCCAGGUGACUGUGCUCCAGUGGACCGUGUUCCAGUGGACUGUGUUCCAGUGGACUGUCCUCCAGUGGACCGUGCUCCAGUGGACGGUGCUCCAGUGGACGGUGCUCCAGUGGACUGUGUUCCAGUUGGCCGGGCUCCAGGUGACCGUGCUCCAGUGGACUGUGUUCUAGUGGACGGUGCUCCAUUGGACUGUGUUCCAGUGGACCGUGCUCCAGUGGACCGUGCUCCAGUGGAUCGUGUUCCAGUGGGCCGUGUUCCAGUAGACCGUACUCCAGUGGACUGUGCUCUAGUGGACUGUGCUCUAGUGGACCGUGCUCCAGUGGACUGUGCUCUAGUGGACCGUGCUCUAGUGGACUGUGCUCCAGUGGACUGUGUUCCAGUGGGCCGUGUUCCAGUGGGCCGUGUUCCAGUAGACCGUGUUCCAGUAGACCGUGCUCCAGUGGACUGUGCUCUAGUGGACUGUGCUCUAGUGGACUGUGCUCUAGGGGACUGUGCUCUGGUGGACCGUGCUCCAGUGGACUGUGCUCUAGUGGACCGUGCUCUAGUGGACCGUGCUCUAGUGGACCGUGCUCCAGUGGACCGUGCUCCAGUGGACCGUGCUCCAGUGGACCGUGCUCCAGUGGACCGUGCUCUAGUGGACCGUGCUCCAGUGGACCGUGCUCCAGUGGACCGUGCUCUAGUGGACCGUGCUCUAGUGGACCGUGCUCUAGUGGACCGUGCUCUAGUGGACCGUGCUCCAGUGGACCGUGCUCCAGUGGACCGUGCUCCAGUGCUUUAG